AGGUACGCCACACUUUUCUGGAAACAGAGAGGAUGACUUCAAAUGCGUCCAGAGUUUCCUCGCUAAGAGCAAGGGUUUCCAGGAAUUACAGGAAAGAUGCACACAUGUGUUACCAGUGGUUGAGAAGUAUGAAUUGCUCUGCCAACCAAAGGAAGUCAGUGUGGUUGGUACGAAGAGUACGAUUGAUAAAAUUGCAUUCUCUCUGAACUCAUGUGGUUCCCUCUUCCCAGUUUCAAUCAAUGCAGAUGGAAACUGUCUUCCCAGGUGUGGGAGUAUGUUCGCAUUCCAACAUCAGAAUUACUGGAAAGAAAUGAGAGUUCGUAUCGCUAUAGAAAUGGCAUUACAUUCCUCAUGUUACAUAUCGGAGGAAUACCUCAACAAAGGGCAUCACCCGAAUGAGAAUCAGAAAAAGCUGGCAUUCAUGCUCACUGUGUUUUCUGAAGCCAAGUUACCAGAGGGGCUGAGGAUUGACAGUACGCACGUUAUUGCAGAUGCCUUUGGUCAGGUUGCCAUGAAAACUCUCGCCAAUGGCAGCUACAUGGACAUGUGGGCCAUAUUUGCACUGGCUAGUGUAUUGCAGUGCCCAAUCCAGUCAAUAUACCCGGACGCAGGUGGCAAGGCAACACGUGACCUUCUGAAUCGCAUUGUUGAACCUCGAGCAUGUAGAGACCGUUCUGCCGGCGUGGCAACCAUAAUGUGGUCAUCAAUUCGUAUGUCUGAUGAAGAAGCACUGUGGACCCCGAACCACUUCGUGGCUUGUUUGCCAAUGAUAGAAGACACUCCUUUGAUUCUUGAUCACAUGACAGACGACUUGGUCCUGGAUGGUGUUUUGAUGUCAGAUCAAACAUGCUCCUGAGCAGACAUACUUCAAGAUUUCGAAGGGCUUGAAUCAUUUGCCAAUAGUGAUGACAUGACUGUGACUGGUGAGGUGGUCGAGAGUCGUACUAGUGUAGCAGCCAUCGUCGGAGAGAGUGAGGUGACUGACCAGAUGCCGGAGGUUGAUAAUGUCACAGUCCAAGAUGUUCCUGAGGGCAACAGGUUUCAUCCUGGUGCAUAUACCAUUGUGAGAUGUGGCGCUAAGCUCUACAUUGGGAUGAUAUUGGCUGUGGACACAGAGGACCACCGUUAUAAUGUGAAAUAUAUGAAACAAACUGGUUCUUACUUCGAAUGGUUGGAGCAAAGCUCAUGGCAAAACGAAGAAGACCUUGUUGUGGAACUGCAAGUGCCAGUUCUGGACAGAAGAGGCCAUACACUUUUUACAAAUGCUGAUAUGGCUCUUAUUAAGACCUACAUACAUUAAUAGCAUGAAUGAUUAGACAGUGAAUACAUGUACCACUCUGGAGAAGCGCGCCUCUGUCGAGGGGUUAACCACGCGCCAAAUAAUUGAAAACCAUGCUGCUGAGGACACAUUGCCUGCAAAUUUUCCCCCCUAAAUCAAUUUAAAAUGGACUACGCUCUGACGUCAUCAGGUCACUUUUCUGCAGCACACACCUGCUCGAUUGGCAACUGAUGACGUCAUUACGUCGUCCUCUUUGACGCCGCCGGAGAAGUAUGAAUGGCCCUUAAGGCUGUUAAAUGUUAAGUUGGCUUCAAGACAUGUUGAGCCAAGUCUUAUGUAAGUUGUGUUGUUACUUUACAUGCUUUAGAAUGUUCUAUAAACUUGUUUGUAACGCUUGUCAGGGCAUUUUUCUUAUGCUAGGCAUGUUCUUAUUCUAUGCAUUAAAUUCUGAUGUCAAUACAUCACAACCGGGAUGCAUAGUGAUACAUCACAACCGUUACACUACAUUGUUAUUUGUUAUUUUCUGCCCAAUGAUAUUGGGUGCACAUAAAUAAUACAUACUGCAUUUUGAAGAUCAACUAAUCCAAACCCUAGAUUUGAGAAAACAUUGGUUUGAUAUUCAAUCUGCUAUUCGGGAAAAGUUAUUAUGGCCCAAAUGAUACAUCACAACCGUUACAUGUAUAAAGAGGCGUUUUAUUAUAUUUAUAU